CAUCAUUCGUUGUUCGAUAUUCGUUUUGUUCACAUGUGAAGUAAAGUUGAGCGUGUUUGCGGAAAAUAUUCAAUCAUUUUUUAUUAUUAAUACGCAUAUAAAUCAAGUGAAACAUAUCCAUUGAUUAAACGUCUCACGCUAUAAAGUUAUCUACCACGAAAAUCAGUUCCAGUCGAGCUGAAAAGUUACUUUAAAUCCGGAAUUUUGAUUUUGUUGCAUUUUGUUGGGCAAUCCCGAAAAAUAAAAUGGACGACAUCGAUGAGUUCUUCGAUUUCAGUAAGCCGUUCAACCGAGUCGUAAUUUCCGGCGGUUACUGCAAUGCCACCGUUGUGGAGGACAAAAGUCUGUUCAGCAAAAUGCCAGAACGGGAAAAACUGGGAAAGGAAUACGCCGGAAAAUUCAUCAAAGAGGAAGAAAGUCAACUGAUCAAUGCGUUUCUGGAUGAAGCUGCUGGUCCUUCCACAUCGCGCACUUCGAACCUAGAGGAUGUCGAUGACGACACGUCGAUGGCUGACGAAGAUGAGGAGCACACCAAAGCACUCAAGGCCAAAGAGAUGAUGCUUCCCUUAUUCCAAAAGUACAAUUUCACGCUGAAACCUAACAAGCUGCCCAUUCGCUACUCGAAGGAAGAAAUUCUGACAAGAAUUCGGGAGAAUCCGGUCAUCGUCCUGGAAGGAGCUACCGGUUGCGGCAAGACGACACAGGUGCCCCAGUUCAUCCUGGAGGAGGCCUACAAUCGAAAGGAGUAUUGCAACAUCAUCGUUACCCAGCCGAGAAAAAUCGCCGCUAUGUCCAUCGCUAAACGUGUUUCGGAAGAACGGAAAUGUGAGCUUGGAAGUUUGGUUGGCUUCAAGGUUGGCUUGAAGGAAUGCGUUACACCUGAUACGCGAUUGCUGUACUGCACAACUGGUGUGCUCUUGCAAUCAUUGAUCAAUUCCAAGACGAUGGCGAAUUACACCCACGUUAUAUUGGACGAAAUUCAUGAACGUGAGGUAGAUAUGGAUUUCUUGUUGAUCGUUGUGCGAAGAUUCCUGGCUACGAAUUCCUCAAAGACCAAAAUUAUCCUGAUGUCUGCUACGAUCGAUUCCAAGUCGUUCUCCGAAUAUUUCAAGACGCCGAAAAAGGUAGGAUAUCUAACGGCACCCAUCAUUUCGGUCGACCGACCUCGGAUGUAUGAAGUGAAGGAAUUCUACUACGACGAUCUGGACAAGCUCAGAAUGGAUUAUGCAAUCGACUAUGAGAACCCUGGCAUUUCCUCGCACAUGUACACCGUUGCCGCCAAGUUGGUGCUCGUGUGCGAUCGUUUGAUCGAAAACUUACACGGUGAGGAACGAAUGGAAUAUAAGCCAACUGUUCUUAUUUUCCUGCCGGGUAUCAACGAGAUUGAUCGGAUGGAUCGUGUUUUGCGUGAAACCCUUUCGCGUAUUGUCAACAGUGACGAAAAACCAAACUUGGACAUCCAUCGGCUGCACUCUAUUCUUCCAGCGGAUGAACAGGUGAAAGUAUUUCGCAAACCAGCUCCCGGACAGCGCAAAGUAAUCCUGUCGACCAACAUUGCUGAGAGUUCCAUCACCGUACCCGAUGUGAAAUUCAUUAUCGAUUUCUGUCUGCAACGUGUCCUGUUCACUGAUACAACUACCAAUUUUUCAACACUACGAACAGAGUGGGCCUCUCAAGCUAACUGUAUUCAGCGAUCGGGUCGAGCCGGUCGUCUGAUGGAUGGUCGAGUGUACCGACUGGUCGAUCGACGGUUCUAUGAGAACCAAAUGCGCUUCUCGACGUCACCGGAAAUUCUUCGCUGUCCUCUGGAGAACGUAGUUCUGAAGGCCAAACUGCUGGAAAUGGGUCCCCCACAUUCGAUUCUCGCGUUGGCAAUGAACCCGCCUGAUCUGAGUGACAUCAGAAACACUGUUCUACAGUUGAAAGAAAUUGGCGCGCUGGUUCAAACGGUGAAAGGCAACUAUGAGCAGCUGGAUGGAGAUUUGACCUACAUGGGGCGCAUCAUGGCAAGACUUCCGCUUGAUUUGCGUAUCUCCAAGCUUAUCAUUUUGGGAUAUAUCUUCAGUGUGCUGGACGAAUCAAUCAUCAUUGCUGCUGGAAUGAAUGAGAAGAAUAUCUUCCUCAAUCAGAAUUCCGUUCGGGGUUAUUCUCAAAAGAUGUACUGGGCUGAUGGUUCCGGAAGCGAUGGAAUUGCAAUCUUGAAUGCUUUCAUCACUUGGAAGAGUCGAAAGGAACAGGCAGGAAAUGAAGGCGAUAUGGCCAAUUGGAGUCGCCGCAUGUCGUUGGACCUGAAGUGUCUCAUGGACAUGGCUGAGUUGAUCCGUGAAAUAAGGGAUCGUCUCAACAAGAUUGGCAUGAAAGAAGUUUCAGGCCCGGGUCGUGUUGUUUGGUCAUCCCGAGAGAAAACUGUUAUUCUGAAAGUGAUCAUGGCCGGAGCGUUCUAUCCGAACUACUUCAUUCCGAUGUCAGUUGGCGGGAAGGAACUGAUGGAACGUCAAUCAUUCACCGAAUUGGGUGGUCGCGAUCCUUGCAAUACGGUGUUCUUUACCGGUUUCGAUCAUGAGAAAUACAUUGGGCCAUUAUACACGAUGCAAAUUAAGAAACUGCUCAGCGAGGGCGACUCCACUAAACAUCAGAACAUGAAGGUUAUGUACGACCGCACCACCAACCGUAUCUUCAUCACGUUCCUCGGUAGUAACGAUGAGCACGAUCAACGUGGGACUUUUAUGCCCGGAAAAGUCCAUGCCGAUGUCUACCGUGCGAUAAAGCUGCGUAAACUGGGCUCUCGGAACCGGAUCAUGGAAAUUAAAACCAUGCGUCAACGAGAUGCCAUUGAUUUUGCCACCGAAAUGAAGCUUGGCCACUGGGAGGACGCCAACGGUUGGGUCCCGCGUCGAAAAGUGAUACGGAAUGCGCAUUUGUCGGUCAUCCCGCCCAUCUAUCAAGCCAGUAUGGUGUGCCAAGUGACAAACGUCGUGCAUUGCAACAAAUUCUAUCUGCGUCCAGAGGAUACGAAGAACAAAGACAUUUUCGUGGACAUGCACUCCAAAUUGAACUCAAGAGGAUUCCGACUGGAACGAUUCGAUCCGGAGUGGCAAUUUGCUGUUGGGCAAAUCGUAGCAGCACCACUUGAAGAAGGUGGCGAUCGAUACGCUCGAGCAUCGUUGAAGACUCACAAAAGUACACGCAGUACGGGUGAUGUAAUGUGGACAGUGUUCUUUUUGGAUUACGGACACUCGGCAACACUGGGCCAAUCGGCUUUCAGAAAACUAGAAGGGCCACUUGAAUAUAUGAAAGAAAUCCCUCAACGAGUAUUUGAAGCCACACUGUCGGAAACCCAGCCGUCGGCCAUUAUAUCCCCACAAGGUAUUUGGACCGCACAGGCCAUCAACCGUUUCAAGGAAAUGACCUUGGGAAAGAUUUUCGUUAUUGACAUCUACUCUGUGGUCAACAACGUGGCAAGCGUUGUCCUGAAGAAGGGAGACGAAGUUCCGAUAAAUUCCGAACUCAUCAGGUUGAAGUUCGCACAGUAUGCAGAAGAGAGCUACAUCUCAAAGCUAGAUCAUGACAUGCGCGAACGGAAGCAACGGGAAAUGUCCCUCGACGAAGACGUACGGUAUGAGAUGUACCAAUCGUCGAAAAACAAUCACGUCAAGUAUGAAGAAGAUGACUUAGAAGACGUUUCGCCUCCCGAAGAGAAGCUGCGCUAUAAAAUUUCGCUAUCUGGGCCGCACAGUCCGCUGGAAACUACGGCGUCGUCAACCAUCCGAUCGGGGGUGAUGAAACCGGUCACUAUCGAAAACGAUUCCGUAAAUUCUAUUCUGCUGGAUUCCAAUCCUCAGGAUACGCACGAGAAAAUGCUCGUCGGAGCGUUUGUCCAUGAGCAAGGCAACCGUUUGAUAGUUCGACAGGCAUCAAUGAUGCCAAACAUUCCUGGGUUUGGGGCUCUGAUGGCGUUGAUAUUCUGUCCUUCCUGUCAGAUGAAAAAGGAUGAGGAAGAAACUCGCGUAGUUUCGCUUUUGACCGGUUUAGGUCUCGACAAAAACAGCGGAGAACCACUGUUUCCCGAACAUGAUCUGGCAAUGACGUUGGAUAUUGUUCUAACUGACGAUGAUAUCACGGAGAUCAACGCUCUGCGCUAUACGAUGGACACUAUUCUACACACUGAUCAAGAUCAAACCGUUCCCAAGUUUGGGGAUGUUUCUAUCGAAAACUUGAAAGCGAAAGUGAAGCAGUACAUAAUGAAGAUUCUUGAACACGAGCGCAAAUUCAUGGACAUUCGACAUGCGCCAAAUGAUUACGAUUGGAGGCUCGUCGAGCAAGACAAUGCCGCCGCCGCAGCAUCGUCGUCAUCGAAGAAACGCAAGCAGGACUUCAAUAUUUAUGACAAUGCCAUCUAUCCGCUGCUGCCUCCGCUAAAUCUUCUCCCAGUCAGUGCUAAGCAGCUGGACUUCCUGAAGAGACAUUGCCGUGAACUGCACAAACUGGCACUUACGGAUGUUAACCUACCACGCCACGGUAUCACUUGUCAGAUGUGCAACACCAUUCUGGAAACAUUGCCGCAACUGCGUAUUCAUCUUUAUUCAAAGUUGCAUCGUGAUCGUGAAUCGCAGAUCAAGUUCCGAUAAGUUUAUUAUGUCUCAUUUGAUGUCUAUGUUUCUCUAAUCUGUUUACUUUAAAAGUUAAUUUUAUUGGAUCUAAUAUCAUUUUGACUUUUCUUUUAUUAUUAACGUUUGUUUUUUCUUUCAUGCAUUAUUACAUGUGCUCUGUUACAAAGAGUGAACUAGAUUUUCGUAUCCCGUUGCUAUACUCAAGACUGGAAGUAGGAACUUCCCGAGUUCUAAAACUCGUUCCUAAUAAUUAUAUCGAAUGACUAUUUUAUACCGACUACAAAAAAAUUAUGUCGCAUUACAUAAGUAUGAAGGUAACCUAAUGAUGCAAAUGUACCUAUUUGAAUAUAUUUCUCCCCGUUUCAGCUAAAAUAUCAUGGCAAAUACAGAAAAUUAUUCCACGCAUUGUGCACAAAA